AUGAUCCAAGAGUUUCGCCAAAAGGAGGGAGAUUCAUUCUACGAGACAUGGGAGCGUUUCAAGGAGUUACUACUCAAGUGUCCUCAUCACGGAUUUGAGGAUUGGGCUUUAGUUGAGAGAUUCUAUCAUGGAGUGACACCCACUACGAGGAAUAUGCUGAAUACUACUGCCGGGGGCAAUCUUCUGACCGCCAAGACACCUGAUGAGUGCAUGGAUAUGUUCGAGGAUAUAGCGAUGAGUAGCUACGAGUUUCCUGAGUCUAGAGAUUCAUCCACUACACAUAGAGGAGUGCACAAGGUCGAUGAGGUCACCAGGAUGCAAGCACAGAUUGAUGCUUUGAAACAGCAUGACACAACCGCGUGUCCUAUUGCCCCUACUGAGACACCAGAGCAGGUAGAGUUUGUGGGAAAUCGAAAUCAGGGAAAUUUUGGGGAGCGUUACAAUUCGAAUUGGAGGAACCACCCGAAUUUCAGUUGGAAGAACAACCACCCACCGGGGUUUCAGCAGCGUCAGAACUUAUUUCAGGACGCAGGAGCAGGAUCGAGUUCGGGUACGAAUAAAAGCCCCACGUUGGAGGAGAUGCUGAGGCAGAACCAGGAGACAAUGAAGCAGCAUCAAGAGACCCUGGUUCAGCAGACACAAUUACUGACUCAGUUCAUGACCAGAGAGGAGGCACGGCAUCAGGAGAACCAGUCGCGAUUCUUGGAGCAUGAGACUUUCAUGAAGAAUCAGAGCAUGGCUUUCCAGAAUCUUGAGAGGACUGUAGGUGCGAUGUCAGAGAAGUUGAGUCAGAGACCCCCUGGUGGUCUCCCUAGUAGCACUGAGGGUAAUCCAAAUGCCACUACAAAGGCUGUUACUACGAGGAGUGGUCGAGGAGCUGUAGAGGUCGAGCCGGUAGUCGAUGAGGACCCGGAGGUCGACGAGGUGAUUGAGAUGGAGACCCCUGCUGGCAAAGUGCACCCUAGGCUGCGCCCAGCAAGUACAGCACAGUCCAGCGGGUCUCCAGUAGAGAAGAAGGAUGCAGAGAAGGAGCUGAUGAGGGUGUACAAGCCGACACCCCCUUACCCUGGUAGGUUAGUGAAGGGUAAGGACGCGGAGCAGUAUGGUCGUUUCAUGGAGAUGCUGAAGAAGUUACACGUGAACAUCCCGCUCGUCGAGGCUUUGGCGAAGAUGCCGAAGUAUGCGAAGUUUUUGAAGGAUCUUCUUACGAAUAAGAAGAAAUUAGAGGAUCUUUCGACUGUCAACCUGAGUGAGGAGUGUUCUGCUGUCGUGCAGAACAAGCUGCCAAAGAAAAUGACUGAUCCUGGUAGCUUUACCAUCCCAUGUCUGAUUGGGAAUCUUACUGUCAGCAAUGCGCUUGCUGACCUAGGUGCUAGCAUAAAUCUCAUGCCCUAUUCCAUAUUCGCUAAGCUUGACCUAGGAGAGCCUUCCCCUACGCGCAUGAGUAUUCAGCUUGCCGAUCGAUCGGUGAAGUUUCCUAGGGGCAUCGUGGAGAACAUGUUGGUGAAAGUCGACAAGUUCGCAUUUCCCGUGGACUUUGUCAUUCUCGACAGGGAUGAGGACUCUGAGGUCCCGUUGAUCUUAGGUCGUCCAUUCCUUGCCACUGCACGAGCAGUCAUUGACGUAUAUGAUGCAAGUUGA